AUGACAACAACGAUUAAUAAAACCCCACCUCUCUUUCAGGAAUGCACCUUCGAGUUCCCUAAUGGUAUCGUUCUGGCAGCCAAGCACUGGAAGACCGACGGACCCUCGUCUCAAACACGAGACACUCGUCGGUUCCUGGCGUUUCACGGCUUCCUUGACAACGCCAGCACCUUUGACCUAUUGGCACCUUUGAUGCUGCAUCAAUUGGGUCCAGAACAGGUCGAAAUAGUCGCCCUCGACUUUGCAGGACAUGGAAAGUCCACCCACCGCCAAACUGAAGACUACAGUGUCUGGCGCUACGCCGAGGAUGCCCUUCAUGUCGCGAAUCAACUUGGCUGGGACGAGCACGCCGUGAUAGGGCAUUCCAUGGGCGGAGCUGUCGCCUCUCUCUACUCUGGUCUCUUCGUCUCAAGAGUAACACUGUGCAUCCUCUUGGACAACUUUGGACCAUUCACCCGUCCAAUCGAAGACCAGCCCGACCACCUGCUGGAACACAUUCAGCAGAAAAAAGACCUCCCCAACAAACAGCUUCCCUUCCACCCAACCAUCGAAUCUGCAGUGCUGGCCAGGAACAAGAGUGGCACAUAUGAACUGAACCUCCCCUCAUCCUGGAUCUUAGUCCCACGAGGACUGCGGCCCAUCGAACGAACAGAUGCUGACGGAACUAUCGUCCAAGGCUGGACCUGGAGUACCGACCAACUGCUGACUAUCACGAGUGCACAGUCUCUCUCGGAGGAGUACGUCCAGUCGUUCAUGACUCGGAUCAGAUGUCCUCUCCUCGCUGUUUUGGCCUCAAAGGGAAUCCAAACUAUUCGAUACAUGGUGGACAAGCGCUUGCCUUGGCUUAGCCAGACCAAGGUCACCAUCAGAGAUGUCGAUGGAAACCACCAUGUCCACGUGGAAGACGCGCCCAUGGUUGCAGGACAUGUUUGUGGCUGGAUCCUUGGCCAGGAUGAUGCUCCCGUCGCCAGACUUUAA